GGUUUUGCUUCUGAGGUAUUUCCACAGUCAGUUCCCCAGUUUAUCAGAGGACGCAGUAAAAACGGGGAUUCGGCGUGCUGUAGUGUCAGAAGCAAGCGUCCUUUCGUGUUUUAAAGAAGAAAUUUGUUGGAAAACCUUAUGAUCUUUUGAUGAUGUCGCACAGCCGAGGACCAAACUUUUUAACACUCGCAAGAGGAAUAUUGUUGUGCUUUCUUCUGCGUGGAACAAAGGUUGAAGCUACAUACGACACAUCGCGCUGUCCAUCUCGCAUACGCUUCGAACACGACGUCUUCAACUUCGGGGAGCGCUGCUACCAGUUUGUGAACAGCGAGAAGUACUGGUCGGACGCGCAGGCCUGGUGUCAACAGCGCGGGGGCAGACACGUGGAGAUCCACGACCAGGCAACGAUGAACUUUAUCUCGGAGGUGUUGUCCACGGUGCUGUCAUCGUCCUGGAGGAAUAACGGCAUUUGGAUAGGACUGAGAAGGAGCGGGAGUGCAUGGGCGUGGUCGUCAGGGCACGCUUUGGUCUACACAAACUGGAACUCCGGACAGCCGUCAAGUAACCAGAACCAUCCGUGCUCCAUCCUGAGGAGAGAACACGGCUGGAAGUGGGUGGACAGCCACUGUACCCAUCUUUUCUACCAGUACAAAUUUAUAUGCAUGUACGACAUGAUUCCGACUACUACCACCUCAACAACAACUACAACCACUACCCCGACAACGACAACAACUACACCGACAACAACAACAACAACUACACCGACAACAACUACACCGACAACAACAACAACUACACCGACAACGACAACCACUACCCCGACAACGACAACAACUACACCGACAACAACAACAACUACACCGACAACAACAACAUCAGUAGCACCUACAACGACAACCGCCACAACACCAACUACAUCCACCAUACCAGGAACAAUAACCAACGAAAACACGACCGUCUCUUCAACCAGUGGCCCUACCCCCACUACUAUUACUACAAAGCUUGGUAUGUCUUCUACGCCAUCUACAACGAAAUCUGAAGAAAAGUUCCCAACAUCAACAACUGUGAAGUCUGAUAAGCCAGGGGGCGCAAAUGCAGCAGCCGUUCAGCAACAGGAGCAGAAUAACGAAGGUUUGACAAUUGGGCUGACGGCAACCGCCGCUGUUCUGGUUAUACUGGUUGUACUGGUCUUAGUCUUCGUGCUCUUCAGACGCAGAUUAAACUCGAAAAAAGCACGAGAGCCAGAGCCUCUAUGGACUCAUAACGUCACUGACGACGGAGAGGGCAUGAACGCACGUUUCUCCAAUCCGAUGUACGGGGGUGCCCUACCGACCGACCUGGGGGCCGCGGGUCCCGCGCAGGAGAACUUUUAUGCCGAAUUGGGCGACCCGAACCCAUACGAUGAAAUAAAAAAUCCCACAUCUUUUGGUGAAAAUGCCAAACUUGAAUUAAAAGAGGACGAUGUGGAGGAUUUAAAGGUUGGUAUGGCCAAUGACGGAUACAUGACGAUGAAGACACAAGCGAAUGUGGAUGAUGCUAAUAAUUUGGUGUGAAUGUUAUCAAAAUAGUGAUGACAUUUGGAACUGGAAAUUCUUGAAUGUUGUGUUGACUUAUCGCCUGAGUCAAAUAAAACCAUUUCUAGCUUCUUUAGAAGGAUCGAAAAAGAAAUAGACGCAGAACCCCCUGACGUGUACCAACACAACGCAAUUUUAUGGUCGUUUAGAAAUCCAGGCCUAUCCUUU